GGGCCUCAGAGAUGACGACUGGCUGUAUGAGGUCGACCCUGGAGCCUGAACCUCGACUGACGACACAGGAGAGCAAACACUACCAGGAGGCGCUGGAGAGCCUGGUGGACAGGAAGUCAGAGAUGAGGGAUGAUGAGGAGGAGGAGGGUCUCUGCGCUGAGCACCAGGAGGACAACCAGCUGAAGAAACCUCGGAGGAAGGACACACCUGUCCUCAACUCCCCUCCACAUAUACCAGGAGUGAGACUGAUGAAGACAGAGAAGCAGAUGGUCUACUUAGAGGAUGAAGAGAAGGAUGUGAAGGAUUAGAAGCCUUAAAACCUUUAUUUGACUUUUAUUUUAAAUUGUUAACAGUUUUCUAUUUAAUUUUCCCAUUUAGCUUGGUGAUGAUACAGGGACAUAACACAAAUGAGGAUGGAUGCACGCAUUACAGAGAACAUAGACCUCAUAAUUGAAUACUUGCAUACAAUGUCAUAAACAAUGCAAACAAGAUGUAACAACAUCUCCAUCCCUGGUCUUUACAAUAUUGAAAUAACAACACAAACAAACAAAAAGCAAACAUUGUAACCUAACUUGUUCAUGAAGAGGUCUCCAUCUCAUAACCAGAUUUUUUUAGCUGAUAUUCCUGCAAACAAGACUCUUCUUAAGUACAAAUGGAUUUAGUGUUGAUUAAUCAUUUAGUAACAUGAUUUGUGGAAGACAGGGUAUAGUCCUGUCCAGUAUGUCCUUUUCUUGGUGUUUGGUAAAACUUUGAAUUGACUUACUGUGCAGUAAUUGAUUAUUAUAAUUGUGGGAAACAUUAAUCCAUGCUCUCUGACAAUCUAUAUUCUAAUUAUAAUAUAUAAAAUAUAAAUCAGCAUUCCAUACAGCAACAGAACCUACAGGUCUUUUCAAUUUGUUUUGUAAGUUUUUAUAAGGGCAAAAUAUAAAACAAACAAAACCAAGUUUAGAAUUUUCAGUUGUUAAAGAGGACCUAUUAUUCCAGCUCCGACAUGGUUUUGCUCCAUACACUGCACUGGGUCAGAGCGUUUCAGAAGUGAGGUGUCUUGAUUGCGGGGAAGCCAUUCGCCUUUUAAAUUCAGUUGCACUCCUACUAUAGCAAUCACGGCACCCUACUCAAAGCUGAAAAAUCACCUUUAGCUACUGUAUAUACUGCAGUAGCAGUGCAACCAAACUGUCCAAUUUUGUUAACUUGCUCAGAUUUUGUUGAUUUGGUAAAUUUCUUUGAUUUUUGUUCUUCUACAAUGGUUAAGUAGGCUAUGUAGUUAAAUGGUUUCUUUAUUUAUCUGUUUUAUUUGUGUUUAUUGUUGAUAUACGAUUGGGAGUUUGCACAGGGUAUUUUAUUUUGAAAAUUGACCAGAUGCUUCAUGCUGUUUCUGCAUCUGACUUCCUGGCCAGCUCGAUCUGCUCUGUGCAGCUUGACGCGGCCUCCAUCAAAAAUAGAAGGGACGAGUAUCUUUAGAGCAGCAGAGCGGAGAGCCACUUCUGGGACGCUUCUGAAACGCGCUGCGGCGCACCCGGUGGGAUCCCAAGCAUUGACUAGAGUGGCACUUCAGCUCCAGCAGCCGUGCCCAAGCCGGAACGUGGCACACACACGCUCAGUGGGAUCCCGGUGUGUUCAGAGCAGUCUAACAUCGGAGGUUUUGGCGCACAGGGAUUGCUUCUACAUAUGUUUACCUCGUUGUUUGACACGGUUGCCACUUUUAACAUGAACAUCCUGUGACAUCAUAUAUAUGUCUGGAAAUAAGGAAAAGCAUAAUACGUCCCCUUAUGCAACAAAGGUCGAAGUGACAGAGGACACCAUAGUUACUCAUGGUUGUACGUUAUAACAUUUUAUUCAUUUGAUUCACAGCUUUCCUCUUGCCAGCUCCGCUUGCUUUCUACAUUCACUCUCCAGCUCGCUCGACCACCACUGCAGUCUCUCUUGUCUCUCUCUUUCUUACUAG